AGGCUACCUAAUUUGGCUUUGCAAGAAGAAAAAUGCUUUCAAGUUUGAAAGAAUGAAAGAUGAUUGGUGUUUAGGCCAUAAAUGAUAAAUCAAUGCGUAAGAACAAACCCAGUUGAAACAUGUAGAGCGAAUUCUGAAAGUUCUGUUUUAGUGAUGAUUCUAGGGGGAAAUCAUGAAGAUACAAUUUGUGGAUCAUAUAUGUAUAAGAGAAGAAAACCCUGAACCCAAAGAUAGUCUGCAUUGUUAAAAAAAAAAAUUGAACAUGACUACAUAACUGAAAGUUUCAGUUGCAGAUCAGCAAGUCUGUCACCACAUGGUGCAUGACGCCAUUGACAGAAACUAAAAUGCGAACCUUUAGUCUGAACUUGGAACAAAACAAUUCUCUCUACACUCCACUGAAAAAGAAAACUCUGGAGAAAUGUAAUCUCAAAGAGAUAGUCACAGGUAGUAGAAGUGAUUAUGCAGAAACAAAUCCACACUUCCUCCUUGAAACAAAAAGAAAAACCUAGUAUUUCCAAUGGGUCUGCAAUGUGCAUGCAGAUCAACACGUUUUUUCAUUGACUAAAACACCAUCAUAAAUCCAUCAUAUCUCCAGUUGAAAGCGGCCACACUCCCAAAAAGAAAAUCCCCAUUCUUCAGUCCAAAACUGAAAACGUUUUUCGCCAUAUGCCUGGGCCAAGGGUGGGGAAAUAACUGAAAGGCACGCUUCUUUUCCCCCACAGAGAAAAAAAAGUGUCUGUUGGGAAACAGAAAGCCUCCACUACUUUCUGUUAGGCCAGGAGACAGUCAGACACACACACACCCAUCUCUACACCUAUAAAAUACCAACAGUGCCCAAGCACAUUCAGAAAUUCACCUUCUCUGAACUCUGAAGAAUCCAUCACCCAUUCCAUCCACUCCAAAUCCCCCCCCCCCCCAGCAUUUGACCACUAAUCCAUAGAACAAUCUGAGUAGACUCUGUGUGUAACAUGUGUUCCUCUCUGAAGAAUCAUCCCCCUGCUCCUCUUCUUGCUCUGGCUCUACUGAUCGGUAGCCUUGUGCUCCUGCAGAGACCAGCCUAUGCUGAGAAGAAGUCGUUUGUUGUCUACCUCGGCGGCCACUCGCAUGGAAGGGGAGGAGCCGCCUUGGCCUCCAGCCAAGAACGCGCCAAGAACUCCCACCACGAGUUCUUGGGCUCUUUCCUGGGAAGCAAGGAGAAGGCGAGAGAUGCGAUCUUCUACUCCUACACCAAGUACAUCAAUGGCUUCGCUGCUACUCUGGAGGAGGAGGAAGCAAUGGAGAUAUCAAAGCAUCCAAGUGUCAUCUCGGUUUUCCCAAACAGAGGGCAUAGGUUGCACACCACCCGUUCAUGGGAGUUUCUUGGGAUGGAGAAGGAUGGCCGGAUUAGGGCCAACUCCAUCUGGGCCAAGGCGAGAUUUGGAGAAGGCGUCAUCAUUGGCAAUCUAGACACUGGGGUGUGGCCGGAGGCCGGCAGCUUCAGCGACGACGGGAUGGGACCCGCGCCGGUACGGUGGCGGGGAAUCUGCCAGGACCAGGCCUCUGACGACGCCCAGGUUCCUUGCAACAGGAAGCUGAUCGGUGCGAGGUACUUCAACAAGGGGUACCUGUCGACGGUCGGGCAGGCGGCGAACCCGGCGAGCACCAGGGACACCGACGGCCACGGCACGCACACGCUGUCGACGGCGGCGGGCCGGUUCGUCCCCGGCGCCAACCUGUUCGGGUACGGCAACGGCACGGCGAAGGGCGGCGCCCCUGGGGCGCACGUCGCGGCGUACAAGGUGUGCUGGCGCCCCGUGAACGGCAGCGAGUGCUUCGACGCCGACAUCAUCGCGGCGUUCGACGCGGCCAUCCACGACGGCGUGGACGUGCUCUCCGUGUCGCUCGGCGGCGCCCCCGCGGGGUACCUCCGCGACGGCGUCGCCAUCGGGUCGUUCCACGCGGUCAGGCGCGGCGUCACCGUGGUGUGCUCCGCCGGGAACUCCGGCCCCGGCGCCGGCACCGUGUCGAACACCGCGCCGUGGCUCGUCACCGUCGGCGCCAGCACCAUGGACCGCGAGUUCCCGGCCUACCUCGUCCUCGGCAACAACAAGAAGAUCAAAGGGCAGAGUCUCUCGCCGGUGCGGCUCGCCGGCGGCAAGAACUACCCGCUGAUCAGCUCCGAGCAAGCCAGGGCGGCGAACGCGACGGCGUCACAGGCGAGGCUGUGCAUGGAGGGGUCGCUGGAGAGGGGGAAGGUGGAGGGGAGGAUCGUGGUGUGCAUGCGCGGGAAGAACGCGCGGGUGGAGAAGGGCGAGGCGGUGCGGCGCGCCGGCGGGGCAGGGCUCGUGCUGGCGAACGACGAGGCCACCGGGAACGAGAUGAUCGCCGACGCGCACGUGCUCCCGGCCACGCACGUCACCUACUCCGACGGCGUUGCGCUGCUCGCCUACCUCAAUUCCACCAGAUCGCCGUCGGGCUUCAUCACCGUGCCGGACACCGCGCUGGACACGAAGCCGGCGCCUUUCAUGGCGGCCUUCUCCUCCCAGGGCCCCAACACCGUCACCACUCAGAUCCUCAAGCCGGACAUCACCGCGCCGGGGGUGAGCAUCCUGGCGGCGUUCACCGGCCAGGCCGGACCGACGGGGCUCGCCUUCGACAGCCGCCGCGUCCUCUUCAACGCCGAGUCCGGCACAUCCAUGUCGUGCCCCCACGUCGCCGGCGUCGCCGGCCUCCUCAAGGCCCUCCACCCCGACUGGAGCCCCGCCGCCAUCAAGUCCGCCAUCAUGACCACCGCGAGGGUGAAGGACAACAUGAGGAGGCCGAUGAGCAACUCGUCGUUCCUCCGGGCGACGCCGUUCAGCUACGGCGCAGGGCACGUCCAGCCGGGGCGCGCCGCCGACCCGGGCCUCGUCUACGACAUGAACGACACGGACUACCUCGGCUUCCUCUGCGCGCUGGGCUACAACUCGUCGGUGAUCGCCACGUUCAUGGCCUCCGGCUCCGGCGCCCAGCCGCCGUACGCCUGCCCGCCGGCGCGGCGGCCGGAGGACCUCAACUACCCGUCGUUCGCGCUGCCGCACCUGUCGCCGUCCGGCGCCGCGCGCACCGUGACGAGGAGGGUGAGGAACGUCGGCGCCGCGCCGGCGGCGUACGUGGCGAGCGUCGCCGAGCCCCGCGGCGUGUCGGUGGCCGUGCGGCCGAGCCGGCUGGAGUUCACGGCGGCCGGGGAGGAGCUGGAGUUCGCCGUCACGUUCCGGGCCAAGAAAGGGUCGUUCCUGGCCGGGGAGUACGAGUUCGGGCGGCUGGUCUGGUCGGACGCCGCCGCCGGCGGGAGGCACCGCGUCAGGAGCCCGUUGGUGGUGAGGGUCGUGGACAAGAAGGGGAAGAAUGGCUUGCCCAUCUCUUGAUGAGUUCUUGCCAUGAUUUUUGUAAAAUCUUUUUAGAUAAGUUCUUAGUUUGCGUGUGUUUUUUUUUUUGGGUGGGAUGGUUUAGCCUGACCAAAGAAGGUUUGGCUAGUUUGGUGAACAGACUUAGAAAUGAUAAACUGAAACUUACAAAUCGCCCUUCUAUCACCCACAUACAUGUGGAUUAAAACUUUUUUUUAGAAUA